UUGCGAAUCGCGUGAAGAUUAUUUUCCACACAGCGCCAGUAGUUAUUUCCUCGCAAGUAGUUCGAAAUUUUACGGGCUCUAAUUGCAGGCACAGCCCUUGCUCAAUGACUUUUGUUGCCUAGUGACGACAGCCUGUCUACUACACCCUGAGAGUACCUCUUCGGACUACGAGACUGAAAGUCGCGGCGCGAGGCAAUUGACGAGAUAGUUACGGGUGUAGACGAAAUAUUUACGGCUGUUGACGAAAUCGUACGAAGUGCGCGUGUGUUACAGUCAUGAAUGGCCAUAGACCCUCGAAAGGGCAGCCGUGUACAUAUAUCGCGCCACUCUAAAACGAGUUAGUUGAUCUCGCAUCUAUAUAUUCGUCCUAGACCAUCAAGGACAGUCUUCGCCUGUGCGACAUGGCGAAGCUCGCACGCGAACAAACAGCUCAUGGUUCCAGCACUGGUAACCCGUUCGCAACGAAGAUCGCGAACCUAGGCGAGCACAGUGCGCGAGAACUCGUCGUCUACCUCGUUAUAGGCACACUCCUUUUGUGUAACAUGUUAUUCUUAAGCACAUCCACAAGUGUAUGGGAGGGGGACCCUUGGGAUCUCCCCAUGCUGCGUGCCCUCGUGACUUCUGGGAAGCUUCGGGGACCUGCGAGUGUGCCACGUCAGCAAGGCGCUGACGGAGCUGACUUGCUGAUGGGGAAGGCUAAUAGCGAGGAUUUCGUGCCGUCCCUCGCAUACGGCAUCACAGGUUCCAAUAACGACACUGACCGUAUUUACCGGCUCCUAUUGGCUACUUACCACCCCCGGAACUACUAUGCCGUCCAUAUAGACGAUGCUGAGUCAGCUUUGGCGCUACGGACAAAGCUCGCCGCCCACCCCGUCCUGGCGGCAACAGUAGCAGUCGGGGCGGCAGAGGCGGCAGGGAGUGGGGAAUAUGUGACUGUAACGGGGGGUGCUGGUCGGAUUCAUGUGAUUAUGGACCCGGAGAUGGUGACUGUAGAGGGGGGCUCGCAUCUGGCGAGCUCCUCUGGCUUCUCUCCUCCGCCUCACCUCGCCUCUCCUUCAUGGACCAUGUGGUCGACCACCGGUUCGACUACCGCCAGGAGAGUGCAUUUGCGGACAAUGCGUUGUUUGAGGGGAGGCGGGGGGGCGGUGGAUCGCUGAUGUGAGGGAUAGGGUUACCCGGUUCGAGGUGUAC